UCAUCUUCGUCUUUUUCCUCCUCGACUCUGCCUAAGAUUUCAGUUUCAAGUCGCUUUUGACUCUUCUCUUCUUUUUUUUCACGGUGCAAACCGUUUGCAUCUCGUGUUAGUUUCUGCUUGGCGUAGACGUAUUUAGAUUCCCCCAAGAGAAAGAUAGAUUGCUGUUUCCGUCUACGCCUCGUCGUCGUCAGUGAUACUACCCCGCACAUCAUCAUUAUCUCCUAUAUUCGAAUCAUAAUCGGCGAAUCGGAUAACCCUACCCGAAUAAUCCUCUAGAGAGGAAUCCUUGCUUCGAUUCCCUCUCACAGGGCGUUUACUGCUGCUGCUGCUCCUCUCUUGGAUUUGUGGAUGUGCCAAUGCAAACUCUUCUGGCUAGGACUAGACGAAGAGUUUCUGACCACAAUUCUUCUAAUGGGAUGAUGAGUUUCUACAAAGUCUCUCUUUCUCUUGUUUUUCUCCUUUGGCUACUUCUCUUCCUCUCCAGCCAUGGAGAUGGUCGCAAAGAUGUUGACUCUGUUGGAAUACCUGAUCUUGUUGGUGGUCGGACAGAUGAGACGGCUGUGCCUUUCCAUGAUGAUGAUGCACCGCCAUUACUUGAGCCUGAUUCUCUUCGUGGUACUUCUGAUCUCAGUCAUAACGAUGAUAUAACUACCCCGUCUGAGGAAAGUGAAGACCAAGAAAAGUCUGUGAAGCAAGAAGAUAUUAUCAAUAGCACAGAUGCUGGGAGUGAUGGUUCAGAAAACAAGGACGAUAAUGAUCUUUCGAUUCAAAGUGAGACAAACAAGACAGAUACGGAAGGCAAAGACACUGACUUUUCCAAGCAAAGCGAGAUGAACAAGACAUGUAUAUUGAAUGAUGUAGAGGGCAAUGACAAUGUCCACCUUUUGAAGCAAAGUCAGGCGAACAAGACAAGCACAGUGGGGAAUGAUACAGACACCAAAGUCAAUACGUCUUUGAAUCAAAGUCAAACGAACAAGACAGACACCGGGGAUGAUACAGAAAACAAUGAGAUUCUGAAGCAAAAUCAGAAGAUGAACAAAACAACAGAUCCAGGGAAUGGUACAGAGACCAAUGCUUCAAAGGCUGAUCAACUCUCUCGUGCUGUCCCGCUUGGCCUUGAUGAGUUCAAGAGCAGAGCCUCUCACUCCAGAAACAAAUCGUUAUCAAGUCAAGUCAGCGGUGUGACUCACAGGAUGGAGCCUGGAGGGAAAGAGUACAACUAUGCAUCUGCUUCAAAAGGAGCCAAGGUUCUGUCUUCUAACAAGGAAGCAAAGGGGGCUACGAGCAUCCUAAGCCGCGACAGCGACAAGUACCUCAGGAACCCGUGUUCUGCUGAAGGUAAAUAUGUUGUCAUAGAACUUUCAGAGGAAACGUUGGUCAAUACCAUCAAGAUCGCCAACUUCGAGCAUUACUCGUCCAACUUAAAAGAGUUUGAGCUUCAAGGCACCUUGGUUUAUCCGACUGAUACGUGGGUUCACAUGGGUAACUUCACAGCUGCGAACGUGAAGCAAGAGCAGAACUUCACACUCGUGGAGCCGAAGUGGGUGAGGUACUUGAAACUGAAAUUUCUAAGCCAUUAUGGUUCGGAAUUCUACUGCACGUUGAGUUUAGUAGAGGUGUACGGGGUGGAUGCCGUAGAAAGAAUGCUGGAGGAUUUGAUAUCUGUGGAAGACAACAAAAAAGUAUUCAACACGCGAGAGGGAGAUUCUGAGCAGAAGGAGAAGCCUGUAAAGCAGCAAGCAGAGUCCUCUGAAGGCGAUGAUGGUUCGACAGAGAGAGAGAAGGAACGGGAAACAUCACCAGAGAAUACAGUAGCAAAAGCUGAAUCAUCAAUGGCUAGUAAUAAGGUUACAGAGCCAGUGGAAGAGGUAAGACGUCAUCAGCCAGGAAGCAGAAUGCCAGGAGACACGGUACUGAAGAUACUGAUGCAGAAGUUAAGGUCACUGGACGUGAACCUAUCAGUUCUAGAGAGAUACUUAGAGGAACUGAACACGAGAUACGGGAACAUAUUCAAGGAGAUGGACCGCGAAACCGAAGUGAGAGAAAAGACGAUUGCGACUUUGAGACUUGACGUGGAAAGUAUGAAGGAGAGACAAGAGAGGAUGGUGAGUGAAGCAGAGGAGAUGAAAGAGUGGAGAAAGAGAGUAGAGAAAGAGAUGGAGAGAGCUGAGAAAGAGAAUGAAAACGUGAGUAAGAGGGUUGAAGAAGUUUGGCAGAGAGUGGAGUGGAUGGAGAAGAAAGGUUUGAUAGUGUUCACCUUGUGUAUAGGUUUUGGAACUAUAGCGGUUAUUGCAGUUUUGGUCGGUAUAGGGACAAGACGAGCAGAAAAGACCGGUGGUGGGGCUUGGAUCUUGUUAUUGAUUUGCUCAACAUUCAUUAUGCUCGUUCUGUCUCUUUGAUGAUGAGAGUUUUGUUUUUUUUUUCUUUUUGUACACUGUAGAGCCAUGUUACUUAUUCAAGUUCGCCUUGAGAUUCAAAAACCGGAAAGAUACUGCUGCGAUUCAGUCUUGAACCGGUAUAUGGAAUCUAACCGGUUUCUGUAGCUGACUGUUCAAGAAGUAAUUAGUCAACUAUCAGACAGUUCUAUAUAAAAUUUAAAAUAACAAAUGUAGUAGGUGAGUACUACAAUUUCAACGAUGUUUCAUUUUCAGUGCU